AUGGCCUCGUCCUAUUGUAGUUUGGAUCAACCCAGAUCGUAACAAAAUCAAAAAUGGAUCUGACGGUUUUGAAAUCUACGAGGAACUUAUCGGAGACGACAAGUUAAGUUCAGUUCUAAAGAAUCCUCACAUGCAAGAAAAACAAGGCGGCGAAUAUUGGUGCACUGCAGAGAACAGCAUUGAUGGCUGGUCAAGUAAAUUGUCUAAGGUUACUGAGCUGAUAUACGAAUGUAAGUAGCCUUAGUUGAUACUUAAAGGGGAAAUAUGUCUCGAGGAUAUUGUUUUCGAUCAAUUCUGCAGCAAUGAAGUCAUUUCUUAGUGCCUUUAACCAUACACAAAAUGCUGCAGUAGAGAUAUGAAGAAGAUCCCGGAGGGGAGACUCCGCAUAUGAAAGGGGUGGGGAUGCUCGUCGGAAAUUUUGAAUUAAACCCCUAAAGGAGACCGAUCUGGGCGUGGCCCAAGCUUUUUUUGACCCCUAAAAGAGACCAUGUUGAAACACAGACAAUAUAUAUAUUUUUAUAUUUUUUCACGUGCAACUCUACGAGACCUUCACGGCUAAAUGUGAUGGCGUUUUGCCCAGAACACCCUAAAUGAGACCAAAAUCCGAACUUUACACCCCUAAGCGAGACGACGAGCAUCCCCACCCCUUAUCUCAAGAAUGUGCUGUUUAUCUGGGAAGUUUGAUAGUUUAAUAGUAUCUUCGUCUUUUUAAUACGUUCAGGAAUUUGGCACCGAGAAAAGGUUCCGUAAAGAAGGGUUGACGAUAAAUGGGAGUUGAUGACUCGGGACAAAAGAAAAUGUCCGUUGUCGGUAUUAACCGGUUUCCGCAUUAUGGCAGUUAAUUUUAGAGAAAAUGAUGCAGAAAGGACCGAGCUUACGCGAAUUAGCCCCGCAGCACUUAUCAACUUUUUACUCCAAAAAAUGCGGCGUUCAUUUGAGGAUGAUGCUAAAUACUAUGGUUAUACCGCUUAGUAACGUAUUUACGCAAAUAAGCGCCGCGGUGCUUAUUAAUUUUUCUCGCGCUUAUUCGAGUAAUCGCUGUAACUGUUAACUUAAGAGUCAAGUAACAUUUAGGGCAAAUUGUUACUACAUUUAGGACUUAAUUACAUUUAAGAAUAAAUGUUACUACAUUUAGGGUCGUUUAGUACAAUAAGCUUUUGGUCAAAAAAAAAAUUGAAAACUGUCCGUUAUACACCGGUCGCCGUAGAGUGGGGUUCCACUGUAAUUUAUGCUACUUUCUGCAAUAUUUUUUUAGCUGUCGCUUAUUCAAUCAAUCCAUCAAUCAAUAGACUCUAUUUUAAGAGGGGAGCACGUGACAGUAGUGAAAGUGAUGACCUUGUGGCCCUCUAUAGAAUAAAACUUAACAUAUAAAAAUUAGCAAUGACUUACACUAGAAAUAUUAUAACAUGCAAAACGAAAUAGAAAUAUCUAUUAAUUGUACAUCUUUCUAUAUAUCCAAUACUAUCAAUACUAUCAUAAAAUUAAGCAACAGACCACACUUCCUAUGGGUUUACCGGUGUGAUAACCCACGCGGGAUGUUGGGAGAACACGAGAAAAGCUUGAAAAUCACAAGCUGAAGGCGAGUGAUUUACAAGCUUUUCGAGGGUUCUCCUAACAUUCCAAAUGGAUUAUCACGCCCCUAAACCCAUAGAAAGUGCGGUCUAUUGCUUUUAUAAAAUAACUUUAAGUUUUCUAUGAGUUUACCGGCACAAUAAACCAUAGGUUUUUAACCAAUCAGAACGCGCGUACUAUCUCAGUUAUUUCAUAAUAAGUUAUUUGUAAGUGAUCAUGAGUUAUUCAAUGCUUAUUAUAUUUGGCUCAUUAUUCCAAACAGGCCCGUGGCCCAUAAACCCAAAGGUUUCUUCUUCCGAGGUUACGGCAGAUACGUCUUCCAACAAAAGCUUUAAAUGCAUGAUUGACGUGGACCCGGACUAUUGUGCGGAUGUACUAGAGCUACAGUGGCGAUUCAACGACAGUUCAGCGCCAAUAAAAAGCGGGAAAAAGUAUAAAAUACAAGAGAAGAAUACCAACAGCAAGUGCAAAAAAGAGUUUACCCUGACUAUUAACGACGUCACUGUGGAGGACAAGGGAAAUUACAGCUGCCAAUCAAUUUGCUACGAAGAAACCACAUUCGCUGUAUUUGAGUUAAAAGUAAAAGGUGAGACAUUAAGCAAAUUCUUAACUAACCAAGCGCCCUCAUUUGCUUAUUGAAGUCACGUGCCAUCUUUGAAUGAGGCUGUUUCCCGCCAUAAGUCUUCUAGCAGACAAUUCGCCCCAAGUAAGGGAAUCCAAGACAAUCUUGACUUAUAGAUUCCACGCCAUAGAUUCCGGAUAUCAGGUACUGGAUUUGCCUGAGAACUUGUACUCCAGAUUCCAAUCGAUCGUGGGAUUCCAGAUUCCUUUAGCUGCAUUCCGGAUUCCACAGUCUGGGAUUCCUAAUUUUACCAGCUAAAAUUUUCCGGAUUUCGAAUUCCACAAGCAAACAUUUCCCAGAUUCCGAAAUCUGAAUUUCCUUAUAUGGGGCGAUUAAGCAAUUUAAAAUAUGUGACGUCACGGGAAACGUCCAUUUAAUUUCUGUUAACGUUAAUUUCCGCGCCGUUAGAUGUAAUUUACUGUAGCCUUAAUUUCCGCGACCUUAAUUUCCAUUAUUUUGACCCUAAUCUCUCAAUACCUUCUGGCAUUCUUGACACCUAAGAAAGAGGAGUACUUCUUGUCAGGGAAAGGUUCCGUCAGUAACAGUGAAACUGUGCAGAACUUGAAGUGGCCAGAUUUCUUCGCUUAACCCCUUCGUACGUGUAAGGAAAGAACCAAGAAAUUAAGUUUAACUAAUUGCUCCUGAUGUCUCAACAAGUUUCGUUUCGUUAAUUUCCUUCAUUUUGAGAUGUUAUUCUCUCUUUCGCGUUCAUUUCUUUCAUUGGGAAGCCGUUUUCUACUAAAUUCGCGUUAAUUUCCAAUAUUUCCAAUUUCAUGGAGCGUUAAUUUCCUAUAAUGUAAGGUAUAUAGUUCGGUUAUGAUCGCCAAGGCGAGGAAUUUAAGAAUGCGACGUAGGAUUGAAACUUUUACGUUCACUUGCCGACAGAUUUCUUUAAUAUGUUUUUGGAAAGUGAGAGAGUCGUCGAUGGUUUCUCCGAGAAGCUGGAUAUGGUUAAUACUGACUAAUUGAUUACUCAUUACAUUAAACGGGGAUGGCAAAGUUGCUCUGUUGAAGAUGAUGGAUUGGAAUUAAGCAUGAAAGUAUACCAUCAGUAGACCAUCUGCAUGCAGUCUAAGAGAAAUCGUACUACUUAAAAAAUGACGUCCUUUAUAAGUACAGUCAACUAUUUGUAAGACGGACACCUUGGGGACCUGCAGUAAGUGUCCGUCUCGGAGAGAUGUCCUUCAAAUAGAGAAUCAAAUAAAGGAAGUAAAGAAAGGCAGAGACCAAUUCUAAGUGUCCGUUUUACAGAGGUGUCCGUCUUAUAGAGGUGUCCGUUAGGAGAGAGUAGACUGUACAUUCCAAAGAAGUGGGCCUAUAAUGGAACCCAGGGGAACACCUUGCUUUACAAAUUUUCAGUCUGAUCAAUCUUGAAAUAUUGCACGACGUUGAAAAGCGAACGUUUAUUUUUACACUAGAACUCUUUGGGUUGUAUUAUAAGCAACUGGUCCAACGAGAAAACAAUUUAGUUUUUGUCACUGAUUUCAAUGCCUACAGUUGCAGAGUUGCGAGGAACAUAGACUUAUUAAAGACCAUCGCGAACUCACAAAUAAAAUUGGAAUUAUAGGACGAGGAGCAAUGAGAGUCGGAUGUACUCGCAAGCUACCGGUUUCGCGUUAGUUGCGCGGAGGCCAUUUUCCUCUUUCGCGCGUUAGGUAAACAGAGGGUACGCACAUGGCCUAUCUUGUCAUAAUUUGCUAACUAAAACUAACUAUAGGACUCAAUUAUGACUAACGGAACUAACCGGUUUACUGUACACAAAUCUCAGAAAUCACUGGCACACAAACUGACCCUUACACUGACUUAUUUUUUUCAGAUGCUGAACGGACCUCGAUGAACGCUGUUUAGGCAGAAUUUUCACGGUUUAUGAAACAUCAGGGGCCCAUUUCUCUUAAGUACCGAUAAUAAACGGGCCCGGGAAACAGUUGUUAUGAACAUUUAAGAUCGAGGUUUCAUUAGUUUUCGCUUUUUCGUGUUCU